AUGACUAGAAAGAAGUUGAAGCUUGCAUUCAUCACGAAUGAUUCAGCAAGAAAAGCAACAUACAAGAAAAGGAAGAAGGGUCUGACGAAGAAGGUUAGUGAACUAAGCACUCUUUGUGGUAUAGAUACAUGUGCGAUUAUAUAUGGUCCCUACGAGUCCCAACCUGAGGUUUGGCCAAACACCUUGGGAGUCCAACGCGUCCUUGCGCAGUUCAAGAGGAUGCCUGAGAUGGAACAAAGCAAGAAGAUGGUGAACCAAGAAAUUUUCAUUAGGCAAAGGAUAGUGAAAGAAAACGAACAUCUCAAGAAACAACACAAGGACAACCGGAAGAAGGAGAUGACAGAAGUCAUGUACAAAUGUUUGAGUGGGAGAGGGCUUCAAAACUUGGUGAUAGCGGACUUGCAUGAUCUUGGGUGGUUGAUUGAUCAAAAGUUGGAGGAAAUCGACAAGAAAAUUGAGUCGAUUAAAAAAACGCCAUUCUCUGAUUUGUCAAUGGUGCUAAUGACAUCAAGGAGUACUAAUGAAAUGAGACAGGAUCAAAAGCCAAAUUUAGAUUUGUCCAUGGAAGCUAUGCAAAGGCCUCAAUGGUUCAAUGAGUGGAUGAAUCAUCCAAAUGAGCAUAUGGGUUUUGUUGGGGAUGAGAUGGUGAUGCCAUUUGGGGACAACCACAAUGCUAUGUGGUCUAGUGUUUUCUUCCCAUGA